GACAAGGGGGACGACAUCCAGUUAACAUUGAUCGGCUGGGGAAGCAUUUGUCACAAAGCCCUCUCUGCAUCUCCUCAGUGAGAUGGUAACCCAUGAAACUCACUGUAAGGAACAUGGUUGAAAGGACCAACAAAUUUAUCCUGAUUAUUGCUGGCUCCGCAAUUUUCAUGAUAAUCAUUUUCCAGUACGUCUGCCCAGGGACCAACUGCAGGAUCGCGGGACCCCGAGGUUUCCAACAGGAGGAGGCGAUGGAUAUCUUCCCUACCCCCGACCCCCACUACGUGAAGAAAUACUACUUCCCGGUGCUGGACCUGGAGAGGACGGUGGAUUUUGACAUCAAGGGCGACGACGUGAUCGUCUUCCUGCACAUCCAAAAGACCGGGGGCACCACCUUCGGCCGACACCUGGUGCAGAACGUCAAGCUGGAGGUGCCCUGUGAGUGCAAGCCCGGCCAGAAAAAGUGCACUUGCUACCGACCCAACCGCCGGGAGACCUGGCUCUUCUCGAGGUUCUCCACCGGCUGGAGUUGCGGCUUACACGCCGACUGGACCGAGCUCACCAACUGCGUGCCCGGAGUGCUGAACAAGAGAGAGAACAAGAGCAGAACUCCGAGGAAAUUCUAUUACAUCACAAUGUUAAGAGAUCCAGUCUCACGCUACCUUAGCGAGUGGAGGCAUGUCCAACGAGGAGCCACGUGGAAGACCUCACUGCACAUGUGUGAUGGGAGGACACCAACACCUGAGGAGCUGCCACCUUGCUAUGAGGGGAACGAUUGGUCAGGCUGCACACUUCAGCAAUUCAUGGACUGCCCGUUUAACCUGGCUAACAACCGGCAGGUGAGGAUGCUAGCAGAUCUCAGCCUGGUGGGCUGCUACAACAUGUCCUUCAUUCCUGAGAGGAAGAGGGCCCAGAUGCUUUUGGAAAGCGCCAAGAAGAACCUCAAAGAUAUGGCUUUCUUUGGUUUGACUGAAUUCCAAAGGAAAACACAGUACUUGUUUGAGCGGACUUUUCAUUUGCAGUUCAUUAAGCCCUUCAUACAGUUCAACAGUACUCGCGCAUCAGGUGUGGAGACCGAUAAUGAGACGAUCCAUAGAAUUGAGGAGCUCAACGACCUUGACGUGCAACUGUAUGACUAUGCAAAAGACCUUUUCCAACAGCGGUUCCAGUACAAGAGGCAAUUAGAAAGGAUGGAGCGGCGGAUACGGAAUCAGGAGCAUCAGCAGCAGAAGAUCCCUGAGGAACUGCUCAAAGAGGAAAUGGAAGAACAGGGACGCAUACCCACAGAGGAUUACAUGAGCCAUAUUGAAAAAUGGUAGCCAAUGUGGACUACAGCUUAUCUCAUGUUCUUAAAAUAAUGAUGAGUGAACUUUUGAUCUUCUAGGUCAUAAUGGAUCUUGGAGGUUGAAAGAAAAUUUUUAUGUCUGUAAUUUUAAAAGGAAUCUGUAAAACAGAGAUGUUUGCUUCAGAGCAGUGGGUCUUUCUAGACCACCCAGGUGCACAAGGGAACUGGAAGCAGAAUCAAGCCAGGAAACUGCUGCUGGUCAACCAUGUGAUGUAAAGACACUAUUUUGUGACCCAACAUGCAGUAGAUGUCUUUGGAGCUAUUAGCAAUGGAUAAUGAAAGUUUCAACUACAUUUAUGGCACCUGGAAACACAUCCUGCAAUGAGAAACUGGAUGUGUUUGCGUCAGCUCAGUGACUGGUGCAGUUUAAUUCUCAACAUGAAAUGCAGUUGUGUUCAUUUUGGAUGGUUUCAUGGGUUUUGAAUAUUUUAAAAUUCAGGGUUGAAAUUUUGUACAGCCACUGGCCAAGUAAACCACUGAGUAUAAGCAUUCCCAAUCUAGUCCAAUUCAUUCCUGCUCUAGGCCAACCCAAACCUUUUAUUCUCUUUAUUUUGCUUUCCUACUCCUUUCCUGAAGGACUUGACUCCUUUACCAGAGUAUGGUUCCAUGGAAAUCGGUUGACCUCCAGUAUCUCAUCCGAAUGAUUGCUACUCAAGGGUGAUCCUUGGUGUGAAUGCAGGCCGAUUAUCUAACUGCGAAGAGACAUAUUAGCCAAGCCUGGUCCAGUCCUCAGCCGACACCCACGCAGAGGUCACCGUAUAUUAAGCAGGAGUGGGAAACCAGCCCAUUUUUUCCCCUUUCUUGAACCCAGAACGUCGUGACCAAUUGUAGAGUCCUUGCUGCUACCUUAGGUGAGAUCAGCUAACUCAGCACAGACUAGGGAUCGAACUUCUGGACCUUCUUGUUCUGCAUGGCUUAGAGAUGCUGACUUUGUCCCUGAGCCUAGUUCAAUUAUCAAUGGUCAUGUUCAAAUGCUCUGUGUUUAAUUAGUUAAUGCCAUGUUGCAGUUGUGCAUAUACUCAUCCCAUCUGAGCCUGUUAUUACAGAUACUAAAUGUGUUGAGCCAAUUCAUAUAGGAAAGUUAACAAAAGAUUAUUGUAUUUUUUUUUCAAUUAUCACAACUCUAAAUGGUACUGGGAAUUCCCUUGCUAUUCAUUUUGAGAGUGCCGAACUUAAAAGAUUUAAGAAAUGAAUAUUAUACCUUCACUUCUAUAACUUUCUCAGCCGUUCUAUAAUAGUUCAUUUAGUCCUGUCAGAAGGGCAAAUAUGCCAUUAUAGGUCUUGAAACUCUUUAUUACGACAUUGGAUACCACUCUGUUACCAUCCGUUUCAUGUUGUUUAUGUCAGGCACCAGUCUGGAAGCAAUUUUAAUUUCAAUUUUCGUGAAAGACAUCCAACAACACAAUGGUACAUUUCUUUGAGAGAAGCAGCCAAUUUUGAUUAAUUUUAAGUCCCGUAGAUUUGGCCAUCUUACUCCAUAACCAUAAUCUAAUAGAAGCAUUAUGUACCAUCCACUUUGUUUUUAGAUUAUGGAAAUGUGGCCUAGAACACAAUCUGAAUAGAAUAUCAGAGCCACUUUCUCAGUUAGGAUUUUACGUUGACCAUUCUCAAACUUGGUACCUUAAAAGCUGACUUUCAGCAUCGUAAUGUGGAAAUACUGAUGGUACUUCUUUCAGAAUCCAUCACCAGAUCUGACUGAUUACUGAAAAAGGAGGGUUUUUUUGUGUGAGGGGUGUAAUCUUGGUUAGGUUAACCAUUUUUAGUUAUGAUAAAGCCAUAGCAUAUUUUAUAGUUCGAGGAGCAGGAAAUCAUUGUAUUUUCUUCCCCUCCCCUUUUUGAUUAUUCAUGCUCUGGGGUCACUGCUAAGUACCAAUUUCAAUAAAGACCAACCAAAUUGGAUGGGCUUAUUUAUUGUACACCACUACAUCCCCAACAUGUACAACCAAUAGGCCCUCUCUCACACACACACACCCCUUCACUCUUACUUCAGAGAAAAUUUAAACCAAUUGGAAAGAAAUGUGGUUACCAGCUGAAUAGUGGUUAUCGAACUGUUAUGGCUUCCUUUGUUUCAAAUUUGACGGUCAUUAGAGAUGUAAAAUAUUCCAAACUUGGGUAUUAAGUUAUUUGUUAUAUUCAAAAACCAGAGAAGUAAUUGAGUAGGCUGCUACUCAAUGAUGACAAGUGACAACCUCUUUCUUUCUGGAGACUUCAGGUGAAAUCAUCUUGUCAAACACUUAUAAAUGCAAAAUUUGUAUAAUCUGGACAUAAAUACUGCUGCUUUUGAAUUCCGAAUUUACUAUUUACUUUUGCUCUUGUUAUUGAUGUUAAUAAGGUUCCCCCACCACUCCCCGCUGUGCCCCCCCCAAAUCCAGCAAAUUUGGAAGUACAGUACUAGGGGCUGCUCAGGAUUUGUUUUUAUGUUGUGCUUAUUCAGCCUUCAAAGUUAAUUAUUUUGCCUGGGUGCACUUGGUUCCAAGAAAUGCAGUAAUGCUUUGGGAGCCAAGUUUGUUUCUGCUGCAAAGCCAUAUAUGAUGUCUCUCUGGUUACUGUGAAUGAAGGAGCCAGUGACAAUUCAGUGCAAUUGUUUUCGCCCCGGCACGAAAUUUGAACAUUUAUAGGGGAGGUGUCAAUUUGGUAGUGAGUCCUCGGGCAGGCUUUGUUUCUGGAACAGUUGCAGGUUUCAUAUGUUACUGUUAGAUUAAAUCAAAGACAAAUAACUUGUAGUGGCAGAUGCGAUUGGUAAUGCAGCUAUGUAAUCGUACUCCCAACAGACCUGCCAGCUGUCACUCAUUGGGAGUGAUGGGCUUUCGUUUCGGGUGAAAAUUUUAACAUGUUUUGAUAUAUGUCACUGAGAAAUAAAUGGAUAAAAUAAAUGAAUAUGUUUAAAUGGC